CUAACUAAGAUAACUGUAAUGAACGGUGAUCGUGAGCGAAGGAAAAUGAGUGCGCCGUUGUCAAACCGCUUCAAAGACAAAGAUGAAGAUCUGCUUUUGUUCCAAGAGAUGCAUAAGCGUGACAAAAACCGAGUUGUUAGCCUUCUUCUGCCUGUUUCCGAUGAAUUUGAACCCAAUGGAAACUAUCCACUUUAUGGGAUGGCAUCCACAAAGAAAGGACCGGGUCUUGGAUUCCUAGGAGAAAGCGAGAAAAAUGACUACGACUGGUUGAAGACGCCACCUGCCACGCCUCUCUUUCCAUCCAUCGAGAUGGAAGCGAGAAAUGCACAAGAACUCGUGGUUCAACGUGAAUUGCCCAUCACCCAACCACUUUCUCGGUUUGCAGGAAAACCAGAGGAGAAAGAAACAAAACAGAUAAACAUUGGAUCUAAUUCAGGAAAGCCGAAAACACCUAAUCCUAGACCAAGGAUUCCUGCAAGAUCGGUAACCCCUAGCGGACGUUCAAGCGGUUUGUUCAUUGAUCAGAAAAAGAACAUAAAAACCGCUCCAAUCCCAUUGAUCACCAGUGUCCACAAGAGUAGUGUUACUGAUCUCACUAACACAACUUCGGUUUCAAAACCGUUAAGUGAAAGAGACAACCGUUUGAUUCUGAAUCAAUCAAGAACCACACAGAAAACCAGAGGGGUUUCGCCUGUAGUAACAUCUCGGAUAACACAAAUUCCUGGCUUUUCAGAUGAAACACCGCCUAAUCUAAGAACGGAUCGGUCCAUUUCGGCUACAAGAGGCCGCGUAGUUAACCAAACAACUCGAAACGCUCUCACGGUUGCUAGCCAGAAGCCUGAGGUGUCGAACAUGAGAGCAGCAAGAAGGCAGUCGUGUUCACCGAGUGUUACCAGAGGUCGAAAAGUGGCUCCCACCAGUGAAGAAAGUAUGGCCACCGUGAACGCUCUGAAGGGUAGCAAUAGAAUGUUUCAAACAGGAAACGGAGCGCAGAUUCUUGGAAGCAGGAUGGUGGAUAAGCUUAUGAAUGCGAGAAAAUCAGGCACCGAAGAGAAGAAACUCAACGGUUCGAUCAAUGGUUAUGGCAGGCUCAUGUCCCAGGGUUCACUAGAUAUGGAAAGUAAAAGAGACUCGGUUCACUUCCGUCAAGCUGGAACAUCGUUGGGAAGGAAAUCCGUGUCGACAACCUAUGCUCCUAGUUCAAGGUCAAGCGGGGGAAGUUAUCGCUUUUGAGUUGUGCGUUGAUAUAUUAAAGUGUUUGUAUUCUAUAGCUGAUGCUGAUCAUUGAUAUAUAUAUAUAUAUAUAUAUGGAUUUGAAUGAUAUAUUCAAAUGGCUGAUCAGAUAACAUAGGAUGCUAAACUAUUGCUUAUGUAAACCGAAAUUGAUCAUCAACAAUGUGCACUUUUUGUUCA